AAAUGUAAAUAGCAGUUUUCUGAAAGGGAAAAUAGAGUUGCAAAAAUGGCGGACAAGAAGGAGAAGCUUAAAAUAUUACUCACAAUCGCGUCGGUUGCCGCAAUCUCAAUCUUCAUAACAGCUCGGCUAGUCAGACGCCGCCGCCGUUUCAAUCAGAGACGACCUCAAAUUCCCUGUUAUUUACACUCCGAGAUAAAGCCACCGCUGAGUUUCAAGCGAGUCUUAGCCGAUAACUCCUACUCUCCUUUCAGCCAUUUCAACAGCCAACCGGAUUCUGUUAACGAGAAAUCUCCGAAUUUGACUCACCCGUAUGAAGCGGAGAUAGCAUCAUUGAUGGAGAGUCCGCUGCUUCAGUUUUCUAAGAUUCCGAUGGAUGGCUUUGAUGUGAAAAUGGAUGAUUCUUAUGUUUGGGUUGAAUCCCAAUCGCAACUGAGUCAACUAGCCCAAGUGUUGAGUGAACAGUCGGCAUUCGCUGUUGAUACUGAGCAGCAUAGCCUACGGUCGUUUCUAGGCUUCACUGCUCUAAUACAGAUUUCUACAGAGAAGGAAGACUAUUUGGUGGAUACAAUUGCCUUACAUGAUUCAAUGGGAAUUCUUCGUCAUGUUUUCGCCGAUCCUAAUAUUUGCAAGGUGUUCCAUGGGGCUGAUGGUGAUAUUGUGUGGUUACAAAGAGACUUCCACAUAUAUGUUGUCAAUCUAUUUGAUACUGCUAAGGCAUGUGAAGUUUUAUCAAAGCCCCAGAAAUCAUUGGCCUACUUGCUUGAAACUUAUUGUGGUGUGGCCAAAAAUAAAUUAUUACAGCGUGAGGACUGGAGACAACGUCCGCUUUCAGAUGAAAUGGUGCAAUAUGCUCGCACCGAUGCACAUUAUCUACUGUAUAUUGCAAAUUGUUUAUUUGCUGAGCUCAAACAACAUGACUGUGAAUAUUCAUCCUUCACCGAUGACAAGUUCAAUUUUGUUCUCGAGGCUAGCCGACGAUCAAAUUUGAUCUGUUUACAACUCUAUGCUAAAGAGAUCGAUGGUUUUCCCGGGCAAUCUGCCGCAUUUUCAAUACUUUCUCGCCAAUUGAAUGGUCAGGGAGCUGCACCUAUGCCUGGUGAAACAAAGUUUCAGGAUCUUGUUAGGAGAUUGUGUGCAUGGAGAGAUUUAAUGGCUCGUGUGCAUGAUGAGAGCACAAGAUACAUAUUAUCUGAUUAUGCUAUUGUCGCUCUCUCUGAAAAAGUCCCUACAACUCAAGCAGAUAUAUAUGGCACCAUAAUUCAAGCUGAUUUGAAUAUUGAUUCUUCAAAUCUCAGUUCUUCAGUGCCAUCUCCUUCGCCUCUUGUUUGCAGCCAUUGGAUAGAUGUCCAUCAACUAAUCCAGGAUAAGUUAGGCAAUCUUGAAAAGUUUUUUCCGGUGGUUAUUCAAAACUGCCUGGGUCCAAAUGGGAGCUGUCCAUUGUCUGUUUUUAACUAUGCAUUAUUGAUGAACUCUAGCCUCAAACUAGACACUAAAUCAGUGUCCAAACAGAAUGGGUUCAAAAACCCAAGACAAGUUUCUAAGAAAGCUUCUCGUCAACUAUUCAUUCAAAAAUUUUCAUGCAAAUCUCCGGUUUACCAUAAUUGUAGGAUCUAUGCUAAUGAUGGUCGGCUAUUAUGUUAUUGUGAUGGCAGGAAGCUGGAAUGGUAUCUUCGUAGAGAUCUAGCAAAACUUGUUGAUGACGACCCUCCUGCUAUAAUACUUCUUUUCGAACCAAAAGGCCGUCCAGAGGAUGAAGAUAAUGAUUUUUAUAUCCAAAGUAAGAAAAAUAUAUGUGUAGGCUGUGGUGAAGGCAAUCACUACUUACGCUACCGAGUAAUUCCCUCGUGCUACAGAAUUCACUUUCCUGAGCACCUGAAGAGCCAUCGCUCUCAUGACAUAGUCCUGCUUUGCGUUGACUGUCAUGAAGUUGCCCAUGCUGCUGCUGAGAAGUACAAGAGACGAAUUGCUAGAGAAUUCAGAAUUCCACUUUAUGUCCGUAAAGUGGUUGAUUCAAACCAAGCGCCUAUUAUAUCUGGGUCAUCUGAGUUGACAGACUUCAAAGAUUCAGGUGUCUCACCACUACAAUUGCGAACAGCUGCCAAGGCUCUUUUGCGUCAUGGACCUGAAAUGCCUCCCAGCCGCCAUGAUGAACUGACCCAGAUUGUUAUGAGAUAUUAUGGGGGAAGGGAGAUCUCCAAAGAAGAUUUAGAAAGAGCCUUGGUAGUGGGCAUGAGUCCUCAUGAGCGAAGAAGACUAGAGAAGAAGAAAGGCGUAUCUUUAAAACAGUCUACAACAAUCCCUCCGGUUAAAGAACAAGAAAUUAAUGAUGCGACAAGGAUCUUAUCUACAACAUCAGAUCCAUCAAAAGUUGACAGUCUUGGUGCUUCAGAUUUUACGGCAGAUGUUUAUCAUUCAACAAAAGUUGAUACAUUGAAAGAAGCAUCAGAGACAAAGGAUGACAUUGAAAGAAGCAUUACAGACAAUCCUUCUACAUGUUCUGAUUCUGGAGUGACAACAGCUUGCAAUGAUAUGGAUCUGCAUAGCAGUCAAAUCUCCGAGACUAAAAGUGUGUGUGAAGUCGAUACUGAUUACUCUGAGAGCAGCACUCCAAAUGAAAUAGCCGACUCAUCCUGUACCAGAUACGAAGGAAACACAUCCGUUAGGCAUAAUAAAAAAUUAUCUCUACUAGGACAUGGACCCCACGGGAAACAAGUUGUUGAUCAUAUAUUAAAUGAAUGUGGAGAGGAAGGUAUUGGUCAAUUUUGUCAGCGAUGGAGGCAAGUCUUUGUUGAAGCUGUUAAUCCUCGUUUCUUACCUGGUGGUUGGGAUGUGAUGCACAGUGGGAGACGAGAAUUUGGGGAGUUCAGCGUGUACAAUCCUGCCAAGAAAGGCACUGAUGGCAGUUAAUAUUUUUCCCAUCCAGAUGAUGGAAAUAUUAACUCAAAAACAUUGCAGUUACAACCCUUUUGUAUUGGUGAGAUUGCUCAAGAACCUUUUAAGUUAAGAUGAUCCCUUGAUAUUGCAUCCUGUUUGCUUGGAUGCCCCCAUUUUUGAGAUUUGGACUGCUUAUUUCUACCCUAAACUAAAAUAUAAUAGAUAUAUAGAUGUUCUUCAGGUUGCAGCCUUAACUGAGCUUCGUGCAUCUGUCUAGUAGGUUUUGUUGUUGUUUAAACUUAGACAAUCCAUGUAUGAAUGUUGUGUUAAUAGUAUAUACACGGGUCAGAAUAAUGCAAUCGAAGAUUAUAAGCGAUGAGCAAAUGAACAAUUAAUGCCCAAUUUAGCAUUGACACAGUUCUGUUCAACUUUUGAGUUGAAAUUGUGAUUUGAUUGAAACUAUUAUUACUUUCAUUUUGUUUUCUUUGUUCAAUUAAACAAAACAAGAGUGGCCAAAUCUACAAUCUAGGGCAAACUAAAGAGGCAAAAACAGCUCAAAUUCACAGAUUGAACUAGUUUCAUUCACUACUUAAAAGAUCCACACUCCGAUCAGGCAAAUCCAAUGCCGGCGCUGUUGAAUUAAGAAACACCAUUCCUUUGGAGGCAAAUUGCUUCUUCCUUCGAAGACAUCUAGGCCCGUAGGCCCUCCUCGUCGCCAA